CGUGCCGGCGGUCAGGGACCGGCGCCGGGGCCGGGCUCCCUGCGCGCCCCGGCAAGGGGCAGCGGCGGCUGAGCUGCAGGAGGGGUCCCCGGGGCCGCCGGUGCGGGGGUCGCGGCUGAGCCCCCAGGCUCCGUCCCCUCCUCAGUCCCGUUCUCCCCUGCAGGUGACACCGUGGAGGGACGGGGCUGGCGACGUCCCGGGCGAGACAGCGAUGUCGGAGAGCGCGGCCGAGGCACCGGGAGACGGGAGCCCCGCGGCACCGGGCGAGACGGGCACCAGCCAUGAGCUGCUGCAGCGGCUGCGGGAGCUGGAGGCAGAGAACUCAGCCCUGGCCCAGGCCAAUGAGAAUCAGCGGGAGACGUACGAGCGCUGCCUGGACGAGGUCGCCAACCACGUGGUGCAGGCUCUGCUCAACCAGAAGGACCUGCGUGAGGAGUGCAUCAAGCUCAAGAAACGGGUUUUUGACCUGGAACGCCAGAACCAGGCUCUGAGUGACCUGUUCCAGCAGAAGCUGCAGCUCUCGGCUGGAUCCCUGCCCCAGCUGCCGCUGCACACGCUGCCGGUGCCGCCGGAUGCCCCGGAGAGUCCCCAGCUGGGCUCUGCCGAGCAGCCGCCCCCGCUGCCGCCCCCCAGCCGCUGCGUCCCGCUGCCAGAGGUGAUGCCGCUGGUGCCGUCGGGCAGCCCCGGGCUCAGCCCCGGUGCCUCUUCCCUGGACGCCCUCUCCCCCUUCUUCAAGAAGAAAGCGCAGAUCCUGGAGGUGCUGCGCAAGCUGGAGGAGACAGACCCUCUGCUGGCCCUCACCCCGGGCUCCCCCGGCUCCCCCGAGCCCUGCGCCCCCCCGGGCUGGCCGCCCUGCCUGCUGCGGGGGCCGGGGGCUGCGGGGGGCUGGCGGGGGGCCGAGGGCAGCCCCUGCUCGUCGCCGGAGGAGCCGCGGGGGGCUCUGCUCAGCGCCUUGGCCGAGCAGCUGCUGCGGGGAGACGCCGGCUGCUGCCGCCGCAACGGCGAAGCCCCCGGGGGCCCCCCCCGGCAGCGGCGCGGGGACCACCCGGCGUUCCUGGGGCUGCCCCCAUACCCGGGCGAGGAGACCCCCGAGGGCGGCUUCGCCCCUCUCUCGCCCGGAGGGGUCCCCAACCCCCUGCCCUCCCCCCCCAAGGUGCUGAAGCUGCCCCCGGCCGGGGCCCUGCGCCUCAGCCCCCAGCUCGCCCGCGCCUCCAAGAUCCCGUGUCGCAGCGGCAACGCCGAGCCCUCGCCGGUGCUCAGCCGCCGCGCCUCCCCCGACGCCCCCCCGCAGCCCGGCUCCCCCGAGCCCCCCGCCUUCCCCCCACCCCGCGCCUACGAGGCGGCCGAGCAGCCCCCGAGGCCGCCGGGACCCCCGGCCAGCGGGGAGCGGGCAGCCGCGUCCCCCCCCAGCGCCCGCCGUGGAACGGGGGGCUCGGCCCCCUCCCGCCGCCCCGGCAAGAAGCCACCCGAGCCGGGCUACCUGCCCUUCAAGGAGCGCCUGGCUGCCCUGGGCAAGCUGCGGGGGGCCGAGGGCCGCGAGCCCCCCGGGCCGGGGAGGCCAGAGCGGGGCCACGGCGCCGAGCCGCGACCCCCGGCGCGGGGGUGCCUGGGGGGCAGCCUGAAGCACCCUGAGCCGGCGCAUGUCGGGGAGCCCCUGGCCCGCUGCUACUCCUCCGGCUCCAUGGGCGAGCCCGGCAAGGUGGGGGGCAAAGGCCGCCCCGCCGGCGGCAGGACCCCCCCGCGGGCCCCCCCAGCACCCCCCACCAAGCCCACCCACAGCCCCCACGGCAGCCCCACCAAGCUGCCCACCAAAGCGGGCGCCAGCAAAGCCGGGACGCCGCGGGGCGAGGAGCCGGCGGGGGGCAAAGCAGCCGCAGCCCCCUCCCACAAAACCCCCGCGAUCCCCGAGCCCCCCGCGCCGGGGCCGGCGGCCGGAGCCGCCGCGCACUCGGCCAUCGAGGAGAAGGUGAUGAAGGGCAUCGAGGAGAACGUGCUGCGGCUGCAGGGCCAGGAGCGGGCGCCGGCGGGGGAUGCCAAGGGCAAGGCGGCCGGAGGCUUGGCCAGUUGGUUCGGGCUGCGGCGCAGCAAACUGCCGGCGCUGAGCCGUCGGGGGGACAGCGGCCGCGGCCGGGAGUGGGCCGGGACCCCCGCGCCCCUGCGCCGCGAGGUCAAGCUGGCGGCUCGCAAGCUGGAAGCCGAGAGCCUCAACAUCUCGAAGCUGAUGGAGAAGGCGGAGGAUCUGCGGAAGGCGCUGCGAGAGGAACACGCCUUCCUGCAGGGGCUGGCGCUGGAGAAGGGGCGGCCCCGCGGUCCCCCCCGCGGCCCCGCGCCCCUCCCCGUCAUGUACCAGGAGGUGACGGCCGAGACCUUCAUGCAGCAGCUGCUCGACAGGGUGGACGGGAAGGACGUGCCCUACGAGAACCGUCUGGAGCACAAGCGGGAGCUCUGUGACCUGCGGCGGGUGCCUCCCGAAGCCAAAGACCCCCGGCUGUGCCGCCCACCCCGCAAUGGCAUCGUGGGACACCUGCGGGAGCCCCCGGACAAGGUGCCGGACGUGGGGCUGCGCGAGGAGCUGCCGUCUGACGAGAGUUUGUCCGAGUCGGGGCCGUCGCAGCACUUUGCUGCCUGCGGGUCCCUGACACGGACGCUGGACAGCGGGAUCGGGACCUUCCCGCCCCCCGACUACGUGGGGGUCCCGGCUAAGAGCGCCCCCAAACCCCGGGGCCGGGCCGAGCCCCCGCCCGGGGCCGCGCGACCACCCGCCAGCACCAAAGUGCCGCGGAAAGCCCGGACGCUGGAGCGGGAGGUGCCGAACGCCGAGGAGCUGCUGGGGGUCGGCAAACCCCGGAGCGGCCCCUCCAGCCGCCCCCCGGCGCCCCCGGCCCCGCACGGCCACCGCGCCGCAGCCCACGACGCCGGCGGCGAGGCCGGGAAGCAGCGGCGGGUCCAGCAGAGCAAGAACUGGACGUUCCCCAACGCCAAAGGCUGCGGCGGCGCCGACCCGUUCCUGUGCCCCGCGGCCGGGCUCGAGGAGCUGCACCGGCCCCCGCGGGCGCCCGUGUGCGACCCGUCGGGGCGUCGAGGGGCAUCCCCGGAGCCCCCCCCGCCGCUGCCCCCCGCCCUCAGCGCCAGCAGCAGCCGGACCCCCAGCGCUUCGGACGUGGGGGACGAGGGCAGCACGGAGGCUCGUUCGCGGGACGGGGGGGUCGGUGCCCCGGGGCUGGAGCACUCGGAAUCGCUCAGCGACUCCCUCUACGACAGCCUCUCGUCCUGCGGCAGCCAGGGCUGAGCCCCCCCCGCCGCACUCGCACGUCUUCCACCGCCUCUCACCCCCCCGUUCCCCAGCCGGGGGUGCUCCCCGGGGGUUGGAGGGGGGGAUGAGGGGGUCCCGUUGCCCCUUUUCCUCCCUUCCCACCCCUCCACGCCCGGCUCUCUCUGAUGGUGCUAUCGCAGUGUACAGCCCCAACCCUCCCGCCGCCCCCCGCCCCCUUUCCCCUCGCGCCGGGUUUUUAACUCAAUAAAACCGCCCUCCCCCGGUUUAUUUAUAUUUUAUA